AUGGCAGAACCUACGGAGCAGCUGAAUGAGCUCUUUGGCGGCUCUUUUCCCGAUGGACUUCCCCAGGACGUGUUAGGCGAGCUUCUGUCCAUUCUGCAGCUCCACGCAAUUGACCCUCAGGAGCUCUUUUACAAAUGGGAAUCUUACUGUUUGAAGAUGGCUGGAGAGGAAACAGUUUUGAAUCUGGAUACUGUUCGUUCCUUCAAGCGCAACCUUCAUGAUGCCAUAGAAAGGGAAUCGCGAGCAAAAACUCAAAUGCGGGGGACAGAAAAGCGAAAUACAGGGACGGCAGCGCCUCGGCCCGCGGCUGGAGGGAAUCAGGGAAUAUUUGACAUGUUAGAUGAUUUUGCGCCGAAUACCCCGAAAAGAACUGCGAGCGGCUCAACAGGAAGUUCCGUAAAACGAAAAGCGUUUGACACUCCUACCAAUUCAAGAUUUCAUAAAGGCGCGAAGCUAGACUCACCAGGGAGUGUGAAGACGCCAUCUCGCACUGCUGAUGGUGCUUCCAACGGAACUUCAUCUACCCCAUUCUCCGCACGCCAAAACAGUGGACAAGUUAUAGAAACACUUAAUCCUGAUAUGAAUAUGGCAUCCGCUCCUCUGGCACCUUAUUCAGAUCCCCGCAUUAAGCUGACCGCGAAUACCGACAUCAGGAAAUUUUCAUAUAAGCCCAUGGCGAUGAAACUGUCUGAGGCUUCGGAGAUUCUUGAUGACCGAAUAGACGAGUUUAUGGCGAUAGUGCAGAAACAUCACAAAUUGGAGGACUCGGCUUUUGGCAAUGCCGCCCAACAAAGCACACGAGAGGUUAUUGCCGUGGGAAGAAUAGCGUCAGAUAGCCCCGAGGGAAGGCUGAAUACCGCUUCCAUUGUCCUUGAAACUUCUAGGCGAACAGGGGCUGGUCUACGCGUGCCACUGAAGAUUGAUAAACUCCAACAUAUAAACUUCUUUCCCGGUCAGAUUGUUGCACUCCGAGGUAUAAAUGCUUCUGGAGAAUACUUUACAGUUUUUGACACGUUGGCUAUUCCGCUACUACCAUUACCUGUGUCGCUACCAGCAGAAGUGGAAGCCACAAAUGAAAAACUUGACAGCUUUGGUGAUCAGCCGCUGAAUUAUAUUUUUGCAGCCGGCCCUUAUACAACUGACGAUAACCUAGCAUUUGAAGCUCUAAAUACCCUUUGUGAGAAAGCUGCGGAAGAAUGCGCGGAUGCACUCAUAUUAACGGGACCAUUCAUAGAUCUGGAGCAUCCUCUUAUUGCUUCGGGUGAUUUUGACCUUCCUGAAUUGAAGGGCUUAGAUCCAGAUACUGCCACUCUCGCCACUCUUUUUAAACACUGCAUCUCACGACCAUUGACCCAACUUGCUUCAAAGGUACCGAAUAUAAACAUAAUACUGAUUCCUUCAGUUCGAGAUGCCGUUAGCAAGCAUAUUUCAUGGCCGCAGGAAAUCCUUCCUAAACGAGAGUUGGGCUUACCUCCUAAACAGGCGAAAGUCGUCACAAAUCCUGUGGCUAUUUCAUUGAACGAAAUCAUGGUGGGGCUGUGUGCCUCCGACACUCUAUAUGAACUGAGGCGAGAGGAGGUAGUGAGCGGGCGACCCAGUGAAAGUGAUCUAUUGAGUCGCUUGCCGAGGUAUCUAAUCGAGCAGAGGCAUUUUUCUCCAGUUUUCCCUCCAACGGCCCGUGAAAAUCUCCCGAAGUCUGGGGUUGAGGAAAAUCUGCAAAUUGGGUCUAUGCUUGAUACUACAUAUCUCAAGCUUGGAGACUGGUGGAAAGCAAGACCUGACAUCCUAAUAACCCCUAGUGUGUUACCGGGCUUCGUCAAGGUUGUUGAAAGCGUUGUUGUCAUCAACCCUGGGAAGUUAUCCAAGCGGCGAAGCCCUGGAACUUACGCCCAAAUUGCUGUACACCCCAAAAAGCUCACGGAAGAAGAACGGGAGUCGAAAUUCGUAGGGCACAGAGUUUACGAGAGGGCACGGGUUGAUAUAAUUCGCAUAUAA